AAGUACAGUCAGCUCGCACUUACAAGGAAAGUUAAAGAAAAGAAAAGGCAGGGGCCAGUCCAAGAAACGUCAAACUUCCUUUUGUCUAAUGGUGCAUCAGCUCACACCUGCCGUGCCCCCUAUAUAAAUGGGGUCACAGCCGCCGCGGAGGAAGUCAAAGAGGAAGGAUCAACAGCGGUUUGGCCAAGUUCAUCUUCAUCGUACAGGUGAAUCCAACAACUUCGACUGGAGACAGAGAGAGAGAGAGAGGGGGGAGGCAGAUGGAGCAGUUGAUGGAACAGGAAGGGGAUAACAUGGGUCUAGCUGGGGUGGGCAUGAUGCCACAACAUGGUCCUGCUGGGGAUGGUGAAGAAACAGACCCCACACAAUACUAUGAAAAUAGGCUGAAGAUGCUCGAUUCGCUUAGAAGCGCGGGCGUCGACCCCUAUCCGCACAAGUUCGAGGUCGCGAUCUCCAUCGCGGACUAUUUGGCCAAGUACAGCAGCUUGGGUGCUGGUGAACAUCUGCUGACUGUCACUGAAAGCCUGGCUGGGAGGGUCAUGAGCAAGAGAGUUUCCUCAUCCAAGCUCUUCUUUUAUGAUCUCUAUGGCGAUGGGGUGAAGGUUCAGGUCAUGGCUGGGGCCAGGUAUCAGUUGCAUUGUUUGGAUCAAGAUGACGAAAUUAGCAUAUCAGAUGCAUUUUGUUUGUCAUUUAUAAUACCUUUUCUUUAUAUAUUUUUUCCAUUACCAAAAUAUAUGAAGUGAUUUCUAGUCUC